AUCCACAGGAAAGUGGUAACGUGUAACCAUGGUUAAGGCACUGGGUACUGUUGCCAAUAAUGAAUCCCUGAGAUGGUGGGGUUCUUCUUCUAUCUAUAAAGCAAAGAGAGAAGAAAUUACGGAUUUUCCAUCAUUCCAGAACCGUAAUCUUCAAACCCCACUUCAUCUCGUUGAUGAUGAAGACGCCAAUCGAAUGCUUGUUAUCUAAUUUCGUAUUCUCAAUUUUCAAUCUGGAAAUUUUGCAACGCCAGACAUUAAGAAGAAACCAACAGAGUUUCCAUACUUGGUGUUUCUUCCUCCUUUUUGGUUCCUCAUUUCCAUGUUUUUGGAUUCUUCCUGAUCCAAAGGGAAUCCAUUCUGUCUUCUUAGCUCAGUUUUGAGCUUCAACAGUUGCAAUUUUCAACACAAUUUUAUCUGUAACUUGGUAUCCUUAAAGGACUCUGAGCAUUGAUAAAAAUGGGCCUCUCAAGUCUUCCAGCACCAUCUGAAGGAGUAUUAUGUGUUCUUCUGGUGAACACUGUAUUGUCAAUUUCCAUAUUCAAGGGCAUUGUUAGGACAAUCCUACACAUUGUUGGAAUCCAUCUUUCAUCAUCGACCACUUCACCCUCUUCACCAGAUCCCUACCAAGCGCCACCUGAGUCAUUUGAAUUCCAUCUAAGUCCCUCUGAGAGUUACAUUGAAGAGUUCAGAAGCCGGACACCAACACUCAGGUUUGACAGUGUGUGUUGCUGCAAACGACCUGAACAUGACUGUUCUGUAUGUCUCACUCAGUUCGAACCGGAAUCUGAGAUUAACCGUUUAUCGUGUGGCCAUCUCUUCCACAAAGCUUGCUUGGAGAAGUGGCUGGACUACUGGAACAUUACAUGCCCACUUUGCAGGACUCCCUUGAUGCCUGAAGAUGACACACCUUGCUUUCAGUAAGCAAAAUGAGUGAGCAUGCCAAUAAGAGAGUUCCAUGUACAGUGUAGUGUACAUAUUCUUGAGGGUUUUGAUGUUCACGCAUCUGAGUUCUGCCACCUUUUUAAGCUUUAACCUUUUGCCUUUUAUGGUCUAGAGUUUGUGGAGGGUUUUCUUUUCCCUUUUUCUGUCUGUGCUCUUUAGCACAAAUGAGGGGUAUACUUUUUGCUUGCAUAUUAUGUUUGUUCAUAAUGCCCGCCUUGUUUGGACCUCUGAGCCUUAAUUCUAUGUUGGGCAUUUUGAUCCUAAUUUGGAAGCAUGGAUUGUAGAAUCCAUUUGUUUUGCCUUUCCAACUCUCAUCACCACCAUGUAUAUAUAGUGCAGUGUGUAAAUAGCUGUGGUUGGCAAUAAGAUUCAGUUAUCACUAAACAAUACAAAGCCACUAAUCGUUUUGGUUAUGCUA